AUGGGCAAUACGGUUUCUCCCCCGACCUGGGAAGAGCACGAUCGGCCGUUCGAGGACAGACAUGGACACAUCCUCGGAGAGUUUGAGGAUGACUAUGAACUGGCCCUUGGAGAAUACGAGAUUUUUAACAGAGAACGCGUCCAUCAACAUAUACGGCCAACCCCAGUCAGACCUCAAUGCACAUACUAUAACCGCGGCAACUGCCUGCGCGGCAUGACCUGUAGAUUUUCCCAUGAGGGAACUCCCCAGCAGCUACCGGCUAUACGUGCCCAAAACCCCUGCCACUUCUUUGCCCGAGGGAGGUGCAGGAACGGAGCCACGUGCCGUUUCUCGCACAACCAGGCUGAAGACGGCGAGGAUCGAAAGGAGCAUGACUCUAUUGAGACCUGGACCCGAGAACUCGGAGGUGCAUGGGUCCAAUUUGGCGACGGCGCGACCGUCAAGGAUAUUUCCCUCCCCUCGGAUUUCUCAGCCGUUCGUAUAACCAACCUCCCAAACGGCAGUUCCAAGCGGUCGGUUGUGGCUAUACUGGCAGAGGUCGGCCUGAACGUGCCGACCAACGCGGUGCGGAUCAUCACGCACUUGGGCCAGGAAGAAUGCACAGCCAUCAUCAAGGUCAGAGAUGCAAAGUUUUCCGAGUCAGCGUGCUGCAAACUCAAGACAUACAUCAAGCUUUCCCUGGACGUCGUUUCCAUUCCGGUUCCGGUGCCUACAGGAUCGACAUUCCAUCAGAUUGACUGCAGGCAGGUGUACUGUUCUUGGCAUCGUCCAACUCGCGAUGCCUUCCUCGACUUCGAACAGGCGGACAUUGCAGCGAGGAUGCACACUGAAUUUCGAGACGGCAGGUACACGAUUCUGGGUUCUUUAGUUGGAGCCGAGGCACCGAUGGUCAAGGCGACCGAGCAGGGCAGCGAGAUGUGGACUGUCAAGUUGACAGGCUUGCUGGCCACCGUCACGGAACAGGACAUUACCCAGGGAUUCUCUGCUACUGACCAGCCGUCGCAUGUCGACUUCAGCCAGCCAAGCUAUGUUGCCGAUACAGACAUGGAUUCUGUCAUGAUCUUGUCUAUGCUGUACGAACACGGUCCUCUGAAACGAUGGACGCUCCAGAAACAAAACGAUGGAAAAGACAAAAGGUUCAAAGGUCGAGCAACUUUUGUCGACGAGGCACAUGCCCGGAAAGCGGUUGAGGUACUGGAUGGUAAGACGCUGCCGUUCCACGAUUCCGGAAAACUCUCCGUGCAGCUUGUCACCUCGGCCAAAUUUAAAGUGUCAACCCCAGUUUACGAUGUUGUAAAGGGACAGAUCGACGAGCGCGAAAAGACUUGGAAGCAUAGCUUCAUUCGAUUUUCUGUAACUGCGCCUCACAGUUUUCACCGGAUUCUGAAGCUCGAAGGCGAGGACCGCGGGCUGAUCGCUGAAGCUCAAAGAGACCUGGAACGUAUUGUGCAUGGACAGGUGAUGGAGAAGGACGGAAAGAAAGUCUGGUUUGCGGACUUCACCUUUGACAAAAACACAUACAAGAGGCUGAAGAUGAUCGAACACGAUCUAGCUAUUGUUAUCAUCAGAGACGUUCGUUCUACCCAGUUUCGAAUUUUUGGGCCAGAAGCGAGGUUUGCAGAGGCGACAGAUGCGCUCCUUUCGAUCAUCGCAGAGACGACGUCAACUGUGCUCCGAAUCGAGCUCACACACGACUAUGAGCGCCGGUGGGCUAUCUGCGGAGGCGUCGAGGCGCUCAAAUCCGAGUUGGGAAACGCCAAAGUCACUUUUGACGUGGAAUCGGGGAUUCUCUCCGUUCCUGGAUCCGCCGAGGACGUCGACCUAGCUAAAACCAUUAUCGCAAGCUGCCAAGAAGGGCCUAUGAGACGAGCACCAAACUCCAUGCCGGAUUGUUCGGUCUGCUUUUGCGAAGCCGAGAACCCGGUCCGCAUUUCGUGCAACCACUUCUACUGCGGCCUCUGCUUCACGAAUAUGUGCCAGGCACAGUCCUCUGGAACAACAGCCUUUUGCAUCGCCUGCAUAGGCGACUCCGGCAAUUGCCGAAAGGUCGUGACUCUGCUUGAGAUUCAGGAUUCCGUGCUCUCGGAAACAUUUGAGGAUAUCCUUACUGCACUCAAUUUUACCGCAUCACACCCGAGUCGGCUGAGAGUCCAGCGAUGUUCACCUGUACAAAAUGUUUCGUAUCCACCUGCACAGGCUGCCAUUCUGCCCACCCCGGAGUAA